CCAUAUGAGACUUCUUUUUUUUUUUCUUCCAAUUUAAAUCGCAUAUUUCAGUUUACGAUAUUUGACUAAAGAUAUUUUCAAAUCAUUUUAUAUAAAAAAUGGUAUAGAGUUAGAUGAAAAUUAUACAUUUUAAAACUACAUCAAAAGAUCUACAAGACUAGUGGUGAUAGGAUUAUAUUAUUUUAUCAAAUGACUAACAAAAAUAGGGAAAGAAAAUGAAUAAUGCUUAGCCAGAGAGAGAAACAGAGAGAAAUGGCUAUGGCUUGUUUCCCCAUUAUUAGCCUGGAGAAGCUUAAUAACACUCAAGAAAGGGCUUCCACUAUGGCACUGAUUAACGAUGCUUGCCAAAACUGGGGAUUCUUUGAGGUGGUGGAUCAUGGGAUACCAGUGGAGCUGUUGGACACAGUGGAGAAGUUGACAAAGGAGCAUUACAAGAAGAGUAUGGAGGAAAGGUUCAAGGAAAUGGUGGCUUCAAGGGGACUUGAUGGUGUCCAGGAUGAGGUCAAUGAUCUUGACUGGGAGUCCACUUUCUUCUUGAGGCAUCUCCCUUCCUCCAACAUCUCCCAAGUCCCAGAUCUUGAAGAUGACUAUAGGAGGGUGAUGAAGGAAUUUGCAACAGAGUUGGAAAAACUGGCUGAGAAGCUGCUGGAUUUGCUGUGUGAGAAUCUGGGACUGGAGGAAGGGUACCUCAAGAAUGCCUUCUGUGGGUCACAGGGUCCUAACUUUGGCACCAAGGUCAGCAGCUACCCUCCAUGUCCCAACCCAGACCUCAUCAAGGGCCUCCGGGCCCACACUGACGCCGGCGGCAUCAUCCUCCUCUUCCAGGACGAUAGAGUCAGCGGCCUCCAGCUUCUCAAGGACGGCCUAUGGGUCGACGUCCCCCCCAUGCGCCACUCCAUCGUCAUCAACAUCGGCGACCAGAUCGAGGUGAUCACAAACGGGAGGUACAAGAGCGUGAUGCACAGAGUGAUAGCCCAGACGGACGGGAACAGAAUGUCGAUUGCGUCCUUCUACAACCCGGGGAAUGACGCCGUGAUCUAUCCGGCGGCGGCGCUGGUGGAGAAGGAAGAGGAGAAGGGGAAGUAUCCACAUAAAGAUCCUUUCUCUGCAUUGCAAUCAUUUACCUCUAAAGAUGGUACUAAAAGGGCAUAUCAAGUGCUUUCUCAUGAGAAACCAAGGAAAAAGACAACGGACGCAAGUGCAAAAAUUGCAAAACAAUAGAGAAGUGUCGAUGCAGCAUUGAAAAAAAGGACAUUCCACACAUAGUUUUUAAGUAAUUCUUCAUAUAAAUUAUCCAUAUAAAAACACAUCGGCGAGAAAGGACAGAUUUAAAAAACUAAAAAAGACCUUGAUUAGUUGCAUAAACUCGCUGCAUUGGUUGUUAAUGAGCUCCUUCCUAGGCCCGCUUGGCUUUGCCAGUUCAUCCAUAACUCCACCCGCAAGCUCCAAAACCUUAACUAUCCUCUGCCAUUAAAACCAACCAAACGUUAACCGUAAGAAUUAACCAUAUGCAUUCCUGCAGAUUUUACAUUAAAAUUGCAUCCACAUGUAUAACCUUUUCAACAUUCUGAAGCCUCUGCAAAGAUGAAUUUUGAGAUAGGGAGUCCAUCAUGCUAUGUGACAAGAAUCGAAUGAUAGUUACAGAUUAAGAACUGUUCUCCGAACCUAAAUAUCACAGGUUCGAGCAAAACAACCUUCUCCUACUCAAACAAAUACAUUAUAGUAGGCCAAUCGUCAUUUAGAUUUCUCCAAACACUUUCACUUUUCGAAUUCAAAAUUCAUACUAUCCAAAAACUCACAAAAAAUGGCCUUUCAGCUUCCGUUGGUCUGUGAUAGGAGACGUUGGUGACCAAUGUCGAACCGGUCUCAGUUGCGAUUUAGACAGGGUUUCGUUGACUGCAACGUCGGAUUCAGAGAUGGAGCCGCUUGUUGGGCUUGGAUUCGGCAGAUUCGUUGUUUCAGAUUUGAGAGUGAGAGAGAGAAGGGCCGGGGCUGCGGUCUGGGCGACGGAAGCUUCUGCAGUUUUGGCUUCGAUCCGAAUAGAUGCUUGACUUUGGAGUUCGGCC